GGUCUCAAAUUAUCGAGAGAGGGUCUUCAAUUCUUGAUCGAUGCCAUCGAUCAACAAGGAGAGGAAUGCGUCCGGGAAAGUGGGCACGUGAGGGGACAUAAUCGACCUCGAGGUUCGAGCGACCGAUUCCAAAGGCCCCAUCGACGAUGUCGCUGCUCAAACCGUCCACUUCUUUGUUACGGUUACGACGUCACCGGUUACGACGUCACCGGUUACGACGUCACCGGUUACGACGUCACCGGUUACGACGUCACCGGUUACGACGUCACCGCCACCCUUCUCACCGUGACCACCCAUUGGCUUGCAAUGCACACCGCAGUGCAGAGGAAGCUCCGGGACGGGCUGAAGAAAGCGGGCCCCUUCACUCCAGAGUCCAUUUAUCUGGAUAGCGUCGUCGACGAGACCCUCAGGUUGCCUCAGACGUCGACAUCGACGGCUGCAAAAUCGAGUAAAGAACCGUCGUACAUGUCCCCACUUAUGCCAUUCACCACCUGA